AUGGCGGAGGUGAUAUAAAACGUCGUUAUGCAAAGUCUGAUGGACAGGCUAAGACCCCUUUUGGGUUCAAAAGGAUGGGAUUAUUGUGUCCUCUGGAAAUUAAGUGAAGACCAAAGAUUUAUUGAGUGGAUGAACUGUUGCUGUUCUGGGAGUGAAAAUGCACAAAAUGGUGGAGAUGAAGAACUUCUUUUCCCAGUUUCUUCUCCUGUCCUCCCAUGCAGGGACGCCAUGUUUCAGCACCCAAAAGCCAACUCUUGUGAUCUUCUUUUCCAAUUGCCAACUUCAAUGCCUUUAGACUCUGGGAUUUAUGCACAGACCUUGAUAUCAAACCAACCCAAUUGGUUGAACUCUUCUAGUGCCACAUGCUCACAUGUUCUUGAAGAAUCUGUUGGGACUAGGGUCUUGAUUCCAUUGCCAGGUGGAUUGAUAGAGCUUUUUGUCACCAAACAAAUAUCAGAAGACCAAAAUGUGAUCGACUUUAUCACGACUCAAUGCAACAUUUCACUUGAGCAAGAGGCCCUGAUUAACAUAAGCAACAUGGAAGCGAGCUUUGGUGUAAACAUGAACUCAAUGAGUGAAAUUCCAUCAAAGUCAUAUUUAGGCAAUGAAGUCGACAAAAUGGAUCCCAACAAUCACCUGCAGCCACAUAUUUCCCCCACAGCCGCAUUCGAGAACUUGUCGUACGACAUCUCUGCUGAUCGAAUGCGCGUAUGUAGUUCUCCAAUGAACUUGCAGCAAUUCAGUUAUGGCUCGGAAAACAGACCAAGGAACGAUGCCUUUUUUGAUUGUCAACACGAUCCAUUGCUUUCGGAUAAGCAAAUGGACUCUUCAACGGAUGCAAUGCAGGCUUCCAUGAUGAGUGACACAACAAACAUGCAUAUGCACUUCAUGGAAACGGCAGAAAACAAGGAUCAACAUGGCAAUGAGAAGGAUUUAAGCAAACCGGAGGGAGGACAGUCGAAUUCACUCUCCGAAUGCAGUGAUCAGCUUGAUGAUGAGGAUGAUGGGAAGCACAGAAGAAAGUCAGGAAAAGGGGCUCAGUGCAAAAACCUUAUUGCUGAAAGGAAGAGAAGGAAGAAGCUUAAUGAGAGGCUCUACACUCUUAGAUCUUUGGUUCCCAACAUUUCUAAGUUGGACAAGGCUUCUAUCCUUGGGGACGCAAUGGAGUAUGUGAGGGACUUGCAAAGGCAAGCAAAAGAGCUCCAAGACGAGCUUGAAGAGCACUCGGACAACGAUGGCCUCAAGGACAAAGUCAUUAAUGGCAAAAGAAAGAAUGUCCCAUCCGACAUUCUAAGUCGAGAUGAUGUCAACUUUGGCCCUAAAUCCGAGCAUGAUAAAGCUCCCAACGGUUUUCAUUUGGAAACAUUAAGCAAUGGAAACGUCUCCAAACCUAACCAAGACUUGGAUACUACUAAUGACAAGGCACCACAAAUGGAGCCGCAAGUCGAAGUGGCACAGAUAGAUGGAAACGAGUUCUUUGUGAAGGUGUUCUGUGAGCACAAGCCGGGCAGAUUUGUGAGAUUGAUGGAGGCUUUAAACUCUCUAGCCCUUGAAGUGACCAAUGCAAAUGUAACCACCUUCAGAAACCUUGUCUCCAAUGUCCUCAAAGUAGAGAAGGACAGUAAAACAGUAAUCCAAGCUGAUCACUUGAGGGACUACUUGCUGGAGCUGACAAGGAAUCCAUCAAGAGGAUUGUCUGAGAUGUCAAAGGCAUCAGAAAAUGGCAGCAGCAUUGACUAUCAACAUCAUCCCCAUCACCAUCACCAGCCCACAUAUUGA